CUGUCUCACGUUCAUUCCAACUUAUUUGGUCUGACCUCAUGGUCACAGCAGCUCUUGGAAGACAAAUAAGGAGGAGAUAAGCAGGAGAACAUCAGAGGAAGCUUUCUGUGUGAUUAUUGGGUCUGGACACUUUCUGGAUUCCCUCUUUGGCCCACUUUCGUUCUUCCCAUCCACUGCAGAUCGUCUCCUGUCAAGAUGUGCACUGUAAAGUGUUCACGUUUCAUCGCCGGAUCUCUGUAUCCUCUGGCCUUCAUCUCCAUCGUCUGUAAUAUUCUUCUGUUCUUCCCUGACUGGUCAGUUCAGUAUGUGAAGGAUGACCGUCUCACCCCAGAAGUGAAGUACAUGGGGGGUGUGGUUGGAGGGGGAGUGAUGGUUUUAGUUCUGGCCCUCUUUAUUCAUCUGACUUUAAAGCAGGGAUGCUGUGCUAACCGCUGUGGGAUGUUCCUGUCCAUCGCCUUUGCAGCACUUGGUGCUGCUGGCGCCCUCUACAGUUUUGUAGUGGCCAUGUUAGGGCUGGUAAACGGACCAUACUGCAGAUAUUCACUUAUUUUCUGGGGAAGACCUUUUAAGGGCAGUUCUGAGAGUUAUCUGACUCAACUAGACAAGUGGAGUACAUGCACAGAGCCGAAAAACGUGGUGGAGCUCAACGUGGGUUUGUUCGGCACGUUGGUGGUGGUCAGCAGCCUGGAGCUCGUCCUGUGUUUAUGCCAGAUGAUUAAUGGCCUUGUUGGCUGCAUCUGUGGAGCCAACAAAUAAAGGCAGACAUCAGAAAAUGCAUUAAAAACAUGUCAAUGUCCUCAUAUACCGCCAAAAAACCGGCAUCACAUACGUUCUGCUUUAAUAAUAAUAGAAGAGGUUUCCAUCUAGAACUUUAUAUCUAUCAAAUUGUAUUCUAUUUUUAUAUUUAACAAACAUCAAAUAAACAAACGUUGCUCAGCGCUGCCCUCUAAAGGCGUCAUUAACAACCAUCAAAUACACAAACGUCACACACCACCGCCCUUAAAGUCAUCAACGAACAUCAAAUAAACAAACGUCACUCACCACCGCCCUCUAAAGGCGUCAUUAACAAACAUCAGAUAAACAGA